GUUGAUGGUCUUUUGAUCCCCAAUUGCAGUCAUUCCUCCCAUUGCAAUCUCUCACCAGGCCCCAGGAAAGGUUGUUGGUUCUUACAACAUUGGGUUGAGGGGUGGAAUAUCUACUGUUUUGAACAAUCCCGUUUCGGGGCAUGUGAUUUAUGAGUGCUUGUGGUUGGAAUGGCUGCGAAGGGGAUUUCAUGUGUUAAAGUACAGAGGAAUUCAAAGGGGUUUACAGCUGUUUUGUCAUCAACACUUUGUGAAUGGCUUUUGAUUUUUCUAUUGUUCAUUGAUGCAGUAUUAUCAUAUUUGUUGACAAAGUUCUCUCGUUAUUGUAAGUUGCAAACACCUUGUCCUUUAUGCUCAAGGCUCGACCAUGUCCUGGGCAAUGAAGAACCUGAAUUUUAUCACAAUCUAUUAUGUGGGAAUCAUAGAUCAGAGGUCUCGUCCUUGAUUUCUUGCCAGAUUCAUGAUAAGCUUGCUGAUGUCCAUGGGAUGUGUGAAGAGUGUCUCUUUUCAUCCACCAUCAAGAAAUCCAACUCAGAAACACACAGAUUGUUGGUGGGUAAAUUGGGUUUGGAUCUUGAGUGUUUGGGAUUUCAGAGACCAUUCCUGAAAAAGGAAUCUGUUCUUGAUUCUCCGGACACGAAAACCUGUUCCUGUUGCAAUAAGCCAUGGAGGCCUGGACAGAUUUCUCAAAGAUUGCUCCAGCUUAGACCAACUGGAGCCGGGUUUACUAAACCUGAUAUUCCUUUGCAUCGGUUGCCAGGGCGUAGCCACUUAAAUCAUCGAGAUAACUUGAAGAAGAUAAGGGAUAAAGUUUCUGGCUCAGUAACAUCUAGUAGUCCCAGAAAUGGUGCUUCUGAUCACUUGUCUCAUGUAGGAUACAGUGAGCUGAAGUUUACUUCUGACUCUGAAUCCGAGGUUCCAUUAUCUGAUGAUGACAAUGUUGGUAGCCUGGUUCAUGAAAAGUCUGGUCGUAAGCAAAAUUUGACUGCCACAUGUGCUCCUGAGAGGUCUUGUAAACCAUUGUCGGAUGAUGUGGCCCUUGGUAAGCAGAUACAUCAAGCCUCUAACCCUGGGCCUUCACUUCUGGAUUCAUAUGUGCAGACACAUGUUUUUGAGACUCAUGAUAUGAAAUGUCUGGAUUCUGAAGUUGCUACUGAAAAUAGAUUUGGUGAACUCAAUUGGCAACAAGCUAAUCAGAAGUUCAAUCCUUCUGCAUUACCUGAGCUUAUUUCACUUGUUGAUAUUCUCCCGUCACCCAAUAUUAUGGAAGUUCCUGCAGGAGCUGGAGUUUCAAUUGAGAAAUCAGCAAAUGUUACUGGAACCAGUGACAUUGAGCAUGGGGAAGUUGUCAAUUCGAUGAGUGCUAGAAUUGAAGAAGGUUUCAAAACUGAUCAAGUUUUAAAUGUCCCUGCUCCUUCCAUGCUAGACUAUGAAUUGCAGAUAGCUUAUGCUUGUGGCUCUAAUGGAAUUCAGAAGCUUCAAAAAUCAGCCUCCCUGAGGAGAGAUGAGUCUGGUAUGGAAUCUCUGAGUGGGAGUACCUUUGGUGAACUUGAAGGUGAAAAUGAUUAUGACCCAUUAAAACAACAGGUUGAGUAUGACCAGAGAUGUGUGAGGGAUUUAAUGAGGGAAUUAGAGGAAGAAAGAAGUGCUUCUGCAGUUGCUGCAAACCAGACAAUGGCCAUGAUUACGAGGUUACAAGAGGAGAAAGCAGCGCUCCAUAUGGAGGCCCUGCAGUACUUGAGAAUGAUGGAAGAGCAAGCUGAGUAUGAUGUAGAGGCUCUGGAAAAGGCUAAUGAUCUCCUUGCUGAAAGGGAGAAAGAUAUACAAGAUUUGGAAGCAGAGCUUGAAUUUUAUAGGAAAGAGUUUGAAGAUAGAUCAGUGAUGGCAAAUAUGCAUGAGGAAACUUGUGAUCUGAAGAGGGGAAAUGAACCUGCCAUUCUCAAGAUUCCAUGGUUAGAAUUUGAAGACGAAAAGCAAUACAUUUCAGAGUGUUUGAAGAAGUUGGAGAUGAAGCUUCAGCAAUGUGAUUCUGAUGGUGCUUCAGAAGACAAGUUUAAAGGUCAAGACUCUGAGAAAUCACUGCAUGAGAUAAACAAAGAGGAAGAGCUUAACAAUAAGGAUACCCGGAUAAACCACAAGAUGGAAGAGAAUGGUUGGUCAAAGCUCAAAGAUUUACCUAUAUCCAACGGAAGCCUGUCUGCACAAAAGGGAUCUAAUGCUUCAGUUGCUGACAGUCAUUUUGCUUGUGAAGAGAACAAUGAUUUUGAUUCUAAUGGGAAAGAAUGCUCCACACACCAUAAUGACGUUGAAUUGUUUGCUCUUCGAAAUGAAGUUUCAGAUCUUAAUGACAGGUUGAAAACACUUGAGGCUGACUACCAUUUUCUUGAGCAUACUUUUAACUCCAUGCGAAAUGGUAGUGAAGGACUGGAAUUUGUUCAAGAGGUAGCUCGUCAGCUAAGAGAAAUACAAAAGAUUAGGAUAAGGAAAGGAUGCCAAUCUGUUCCAUGAGUCUACAUAGCAACAGAGGAUACAAUUAGAAGUUUAGCAGAAGCCCAGAAGCUAAUUGUUUCAUAGAUCAACAGUUUGUGUUGGAAGACUGGGAAUCGAUGUUUGCAUUCUGACAGAUUGCCCAGAAAUCCUAGUUGAAUGAAGGAGACUGCAGGCACUGCCUUCAUUUUUUGGAAGGAAAGAAUGGCACUCUAAUAACUCAUACACUCCAUCUACCUUCCUUUAUGGAUGCUGGGUUUCAAUUUCCUUUGAUUUGUUUGGAUUCAUAGGGUUAGCAGGUCCUUUUAAUUUUUUGGUGAUUUUUUUUUUUUUUUUACAUUGAUCACUUGUUGAUGAGAUUGUGAAGUAGGCAAUCUGCCAAUCUUCAUGUAAUUGUAAUCCAUGUAUAUGUUUGUUGUUGACAAGGUGGGUUUGAUGAUAGGCAAUUCACCCCAACUGUAAAUCCAAAUACACCUUGAAUUCACUCCAUUGUACUCAUUAUAUAUAAAAGAAGUUGAA